UGGAGGGCGCGAUGUGGGCGAAGCAGAAGUGCUUAGCGAGUGAGCGCGGGGGGAGGCCCGAGGGGGACUUCGUGCCCGGGCAGCAGAAACUUUACAGGGCAUGCGCCUGUGGAAAACAUUUCAGACGUUCUCAGUCCUUCUCAGUGACAGGAGACAGCGAUGGGAGCAGCUUUAUAAGCAAGGAGACAUGGAAUGAGAAGGAUUAUGACAGAGUGAGUUUGGCAGAAACAUCUCUCUUGAAUAAGCUGAUACGGAAAUCUCUAGUGGAGUCAAAUCAUCAGGUGGAGGUUCUACAGCGAGAUCCCAGUUCACCACUGUUUUCUGUAAAAACCUUUGAAGAGCUGCAUUUAAAGACUGAACUGCUGCAAGGUAUUUAUGGCAUGGGUUUUAACAGGCCAUCCAAGAUACAGGAAACAGCACUGCCACUGAUGCUUGCUGACCCACCCCAAAAUCUUAUAGCACAAAGUCAGUCAGGGACAGGCAAAACAGCUGCAUUUGUUCUAGCUAUGCUGAGCAGAAUAAACCCAGGGGACCAAUUUCCACAGUGCCUCUGCCUCUCUCCCACCUUUGAACUGGCUGUUCAAACUGGACACGUUGUGGAGAAAAUGGGAAAAUUCUGUGUCAACAUAAGGGUUACUUAUGCUAUUCGAGGCAACAGAAUUCCAAGGGGGACUGUAAUAGAAGAACAAAUAGUAAUUGGAACACCAGGGACCCUGCUAGAUUGGUGUUUUAAGCUACAUUUUCUUGAUGUGAAGAAGAUCAAAGUGUUUGUGCUGGAUGAAGCAGAUGUCAUGAUUGAUAAACAGAAUUUCCUGGACCAGAGUGUCCGUAUCCAGAGAACUUUAUCACCAGAUUGCCAGAUGCUUCUCUUCUCAGCAACCUUUGAAGAUCCUGUGCUACAGUUUGCACAACGCAUCGUCCCUGAGCCCAACAUAAUUAAGCUCCGUCGAGAGGAGCUGACCCUCAGCAAUAUCAGGCAGUACUAUUUUGAGUGUGAGAAUAAGGAAGACAAAUUCAGAGCCCUGUGCAACAUCUAUGGCAGCAUCACCAUUGGCCAGGCAAUCAUUUUCUGCCAGACUCGCCGCAAUGCUAAAUGGCUGUACUUUGCCCUAGCAAAUGAUGGGCACCAAGUGUCCCUGCUGAGUGGGGAACUGACAGUUGAACAGAGGGCAGAGCUAAUCCAGCAGUUCCGCGACGGGAAAUACAAAGUUCUCAUCACAACCAACGUCUGCGCUAGAGGCAUUGACGUGAAGCAGGUCACAGUCGUGGUCAACUUUACCUUACCUACAAAAAUGACACGGGAACCUGACUUUGAGACCUACCUGCACCGCAUUGGUCGAGCGGGACGGUUUGGAAAGAAGGGCCUGGCAUUCAAUAUGGUGGAAAGGCAUAAUUUACCCCUCAUGUUUGCGAUCCAGGACCACUUCAAGAUCCUCAUCAAGCGCCUUGAUCCAGAGGAUAUGGAAGCGCUAGAAAAAAUAGAAGACUGAAUUCUUCCAGUUCUAUCAAGACAUCUUUCCCAAUCAUAUUUUGUUUUGUCAAAUUAAAAAAAAAAAUCUUUACGUUCCCUUUUUUUUUUUUGCUUCCGUAAACUGUUAUGGUAGUGCAUAGAAUUGUUUAUAUGAUUAACACAAAUAGCCCUGAGCUUUCUAAACCAUCUCAAAAUCCCUUCUCAUCUACACAGAUAUCCUGUACUAUUUUUACGCUCCUCUGAGUAUGACUGCAGUAAUUUGGGGCCUUUUUUUUUUUUUGUCUGGGAAAAAUGGAGGAACUUAGUGAUUCAAACUGUAAAGCUGUUUUUACUUAAAUGCCUUAGCACCACAUGUCAAUUGUUUCCAUCAUACAGUUUAAGAGUACUCCACAAUCAGUUGCACCAAGAUCAUGGGAAUCCUCAGAUCCAACUACAUAUGAUAUUGGACUUUGAGAGUGCCAGCAUUCUAUGCUAAAUCUGUAUCAUUUGAACUAAAGUUUAGGUUAAU